AUGAACCACUCUCUGCGCACUUUCUUUCUGUUGGCAUGCUGUCUUAUAACAGCAUGUCUAGCUCAGAAUGAUCCAGCCAAGAACUUCUGCCGGAGAUGGGGUCAUCAGACGGCUGUCGUUGACCGGAAGCUCUAUAUCGAUGGGGGGAUGAUCAACUACGAGCGUUAUAAGGCCAAGCAGAACUAUACCAAUGACUUCUUCACGUACAAUGACCUCGACUCCGUAAACGAUGAGGAGAUGCCCAAGUUCCACAACGGCCUGUCCAAGAACGCUACGAUUCCCAACGUCGAGGGUGGUAUUCUGUGGGAGGACUCAGUCAACAAGCGUCUUUAUCUCUACGGCGGCGAAUAUGAAGAUACGCCAUCAGAACCGUUCACUCUCUACAGCUACGAUAUCCUCUUCGACGAAUGGCACGACAAAGGUUACCCUCCACCAUCGGUUCAGGCCGCCAGUUAUGGCGCUGGAGUCUCUGUUCCGUCACGAGGCGAGGCAUACUACUACGGCGGAUGGCUCAGUGACAAAUCCAUCUCAGAGUGGAGUGGUGACAGAGUGGCAUCGAGUGGAUUGAUCAAGUAUGAGAUGGACUCAAAUGAAUGGAGUAACAUGACCGGGCCCGAUGAUGUGGGAAGAGCAGAGGGAGCCAUGGUCUUCAUCCCAAUUGGAGACAGUGGGAUGUUGGUCUACUUCGGUGGUGGACAGGAUUUGAGCGGGAACGGAACGCUUUCACCCCAGCCGAUGGACGAGAUCCUUCUAUACGACGUAGCGAACUCAAAGUGGUAUACUCAGAAGGCGACUGGCAAUAUACCUGGCGACAGAAAGCGAUUUUGUGGUGGCGCAACUUGGGCAAAGGAUCGCUCAAGCUACAACAUUUACAUCUUUGGCGGUCGGGGCUUUCCGCCUCAGGAGACAGGCUACGACGACAUCUAUAUCCUCACCCUCCCCAGCUUCCAAUGGAUCCGCGGCCCAUACCCAGGCUACGACAACGGCACUGGGGAAUACCCCAAGAGCAUGAUGAGCUGCAAUGUGGUCGAAAACGCCCAGAUGCUUAUCAUUGGCGGUAGCUACGCCAACGCUUCAGACAGUAUAUGCGACGUGCCACCAAUUCAAGGCGCACAUAAUAUGAACUUUGGCAAGCAAAAUGAGGAGAACGCCAUGUGGGCGCGAUAUCAGACUAAGUUGACUACAUACGAAGUACCAACUGAGAUCAGAACCGCGGUUGGAGGCGGCAAGACUGGGGGUGCGACAAUGACAACGCCUGAGGGUGGAUUCGACGCUCCAGACUUGGAGAUUCUGAUGGAACGCACAGCCAAGAUGGGCACGAGAAGUGCAACACGCGCAACUUCCACAAGCACAGAAUCAUCAACCCCUUCGUCCGACAGUGAUUCAUCCGGCGGCCUCAGCACGGGAGCCAUAGCAGGAAUAGCAGUCGGCUGCAGUAUCGCUGGUAUCCUGGCCCUUUUCGGGUGCGGCUUUCUCUUCUGGCGUAGGCGAAAGCACUACAGCGGGCCUCGCGGCGUGGCGGCGCCACCAGCACAGAGUGAGACGCCAAUGGCAUACACUGCGACAAGUCCAGGCCAAUCAACGGUUGUGGGUGGCUGGGACCUGAACCACGUAUCAUCACCUGCAGGCACGGCUCCGUCUUACGGACAUGGUUACGCUACAUCGGAGCUUACAGGUCAACCUGGGUACAAGGCCAAUGAUGCACCGCCUGUUGAGUUGUCCGCUGACAGAGACGGUAAUGGUCACCAUGGAGGGUUCUCGCCUGUGUCUCAUCCUUCACCGCAGCAGAAUGAGUGGGGGCACCAGCGACAGUGA